CUUCUUUAUCUGUCAGCUGCUUAAGGCAAAAAUGUUUGGUGUUCAGAUAAUUUCUUGUCGCGCAUUAUAAUUUAAAUCUCUUAAAAAUAGAAAAGAACUUUCGGGAAUUUGCAGACGAAACGCUUAAGGAUGUAUUCUUCAGCUAAGAAAGUACAAAGGAUUUUAACAUCGGGUGAAAUAAGGAAAACUUUUAUUGAUUAUUUUAUGAAGAAUCAUGAUCACAAGUUUGUGCGAUCUAGUCCGGUUGUGCCAUUUUGUGAUCCAACAGUCGCUUUCGUAAAUGCCGGCAUGACACAGUUUAAAACAAUAUUUCUUGGUAAAGCGACACCAAGUCAUACGAGAAUAACAAAUUCACAAAAAUGCAUACGUGUAGGGGGUAAACAUAACGAUUUAAAAAGUGUUGGCCAGGACGGAUAUCAUCAUACAUUUUUUGAAAUGUUGGGCAAUUGGUCGUUCGGCGAUUAUUUUAAGAAAGAAGCUUGCAUCAUGGCUUUGGACUUGCUUCGUGGUCCUUAUAAUAUAGAUCCUUCACGUUUAUAUGUCACUUAUUUUGGCGGUGAUAAAACUUUGGGCCUAUCACCUGAUUUAGAAUGCUUCGAAAUAUGGAGAAGUUUGGGAUUCGAAACAUCUCGUAUAUUACCGUUCGGUGUUAAAGACAAUUUUUGGGAAAUGGGUCUAACCGGACCGUGCGGCCCUUGUACUGAAAUUCAUAUAGAUCAUAAUCCGCAUUUGCUUUCUACGGUAGAUCGAGCUAAACAAGUGAAUACGGGUAGCCCAGAUUUAACUGAGCUAUGGAAUUUAGUGUUUAUAGAAUAUAAUCGAAACUCGGAUGGUUCUAUAACGCAACUACCAACAAAACAUGUAGACACUGGCAUGGGUUUUGAAAGACUUACCGCUGUAUUGCAGAACAAAAGCUCAAACUACGACACCGAUUUAUUUACUCCUCUAUUUAAAGUUAUACAAAAUCACUCGAAGGUCCCUCCAUAUGGCGGCCUUUUCCCUUCAUCUACAUGGGCAGCAGAAUUAGAUACAGCGUACAGGAUAUUGGCAGAUCAUGCUCGCAUGGUGACUAUUUGUCUGGCCGAUGGUAUGUUACCUGAUCAAAAUCAAAAGUUGCGACGUAUUUUGAGGAAGGCGCUCACUGUAUCUAAAAAUAACUUCGAUAAUGAAAAGCUAUUAAGUCACCUGGUGCCUGUAAUUAUCGAAACUAUGAACUCGGGUUAUCCUGAAAUAGCGAACAAACAAAACUCCAUUUUAGAAAUUAUAGAACACGAGCGCGAAGUGUAUUCAGCUUUAAGAAAAAGCUCGCGGGAGGCAUUUGCUGAAAUUAUUAACGAAAAUUCCUACAUAGACGACGCAGAUCUUAUCGAAUAUGCUGGUUUUGUUCCAGCCUACCGGGAAUUGAAAUUGUCAAAAGUGAGAUUUAAGAAUGUAAUACCUGGGGAUUUUUUAUGUAAACUCACCAGUACGUAUGGCUUAACCGAGGAGCAUUUCGACAUAUUGGCAAAUUUAGAAGGUAUGAUAUGUGAUUUAGAGGGCUAUCAUAAAGCAUUGAGCGAAGCUAAGCUUCGCGCAAAACUCUCCCUUACCAAGGACACAGAAUCGAAUGAUAUGACUGCAUCUAUUGAGGAAAGUCUGAUUGACCUAACAAAAACUUUACCUGCUACGCAUUGUCAGCACAUAUAUAAUUAUCAAUACGAUACAGAAACGAAGCAAUAUAGUAUACCUCCUCUUAGAGCUAAGGUAUUAGGUAUACUGUAUAACGAUGUCAACGUAAAAGAAGUCAUAUGCAAUGGAGUUGUUAAAUCAAUUGAUCAGAUCUCUAUCAUUACGGAUGUUAGUAACUUUUAUGUUGAAUCUGGGGGCCAACAAUCAGAUAAAGGGUACCUGGUAGUGGGCAGCAGCGAAGCUUCCCAUAUAAUACAUCCUAGAUUAGGUGUAAUUGGUACGCAUCUCAUAAAUGACUGUGUGGUUCAUACUUGCAAGCUACCUGAACAGAAAUUCAAUUUCACAUUGGCUGUUGGAGACGAAGUGAUGUUGACAGUUGAUGAAAACCAUAGAACAGCCAAUAUUCGCCAUCAUACAGCCACUCAUUUACUUAACGGAGCAAUUAGAACUUUGUAUGGGAAAGUUACAUAUCAAGUAAGCAGCGAGGUUACAAACGAACACUGUAAACUUGAGUUAGGCCUCAUAGGAAAACAUAUAGCUGUAAAUGAAGUGCAAGAAAUUGAAGACUUUGUCAAUCGAAGCAUUUGUUUAGCUGCCCCGGUUAAGGCGCAACUAUUCAAUGCAGUUGAAAUUUUUCAACAGGAUGAUGUAGUAAUGGUGCCUGGUGAAAUAUAUCCGGAAACAGAUUUGCGUCUGAUCACCAUCAAUUGCAACGAUUUAAAGUUAUUAUCGAAGGAGCUUUGUUGCGGCACUCAUGCCUCUAACACUCAGGAACUGGAACAAUUUUGCAUAACAAACUUAAAGCAAACGAAUCGAGCCCGGUACGCAUUUACAGCAGUAGCGGGUGAAGACGCCAAAAGGAUCGUUGAGGUGGGUGCUUUACUCAAACACCAAGCGGAUAUGUUGGAAGAGGAUUUCAAAGCCGAAAAGUUAACGAAUGCUAGUGAAUUGGAAUUACAAAAAAUCCGCCAUAACCUUCUGCAUAUGAACGUGAAGCUACCAUACGUUUUGAGAACGAACAUUUUGAAUCGAGUUAGUGAUAUAUUAAGGAAAUUAAAAGAAACAGUAAAGAAAAAUGUCAAAGAAUUUGUUGAAGUGGAAAUACAUAAUUUGUUGCAAGAGAGAUCUCCGACUACCCAUCAUUUUAUAUUGCAUUAUAUAUCCAGUUCAGCGCUCAUGGAAGAGGAUGUACCAUUGCAACGAGCCACGAGACUAUGCAAAGAUCGGCCAAUAUUAGUGAUAGCAAUGACUAACGAUAUUGUUAAAGCUAGAUGCUGUGUUCCUAAGAAAUUCAAAUCAGAAAACUUUAAUGCGGAGAAAUGGUUAUUGGCAUUUUCUGCGAUAUUCAAAGGUGAGAUCUGGGCAGGCCAAGGGCAAAACAUGCACGAAGUUUGCAAUAUGAGAGGCAAACGGAUUACGAUGAAAUUUGAGGAGCAACUGGAAAUCGCUAUGCAACGAGCUUUUGAGUAUGCUACAAAACACGUGCCAAAGACUCACAAUUCUUUCUGAUUUAUGAUCAAAACUAUGGAGCCGUCAAUGUUCACCGCACUUUCUAUUAAUUAUUAAAUUUUCAUCAAAUUAAUUCGGACACUAUUAUUUUGGGAUUUUGUUUUCUUUUUUUAUUUUUAUUUAUCAUUAGUUGCUUUAGUUCUUAUUCACUAUUAUCUUAAACAUAGUAGAACGUAAUAGAUAGGUAAAUGUAAAGGGUAUGUAUAUGAAUGAAACUUUAAA